GAUUUGGUUAACGUCGGAAAGUAGAGUAAGAAAGAGAUGGUUCUUUCCUUCUCUCUUUCUUCUCAUUUUAUACAUCUGAAUAUGAUGUUGCUUUAAACCACCAAUACGAAAAAGAUAGGCAAUUUAUAACACAAGCAAAAAUACAGUAAAAUUCGUCUAGUUUUGAGAAAGAAGAGACUCUGAGGAGCCGAAUAAAUAAUUAAUAAAUCAUUUAAUAAAGAAAGAUGUGUACAAGACGCGAAGAGAGAAAGAAAGCAAGUACUCUUGUGAAUGAUGAUGAGCCAUUCAUAAAAGAAAAGAAAAAAAAUUUAGAAAAGAGUAUAGAAAAAGGCAAGGGCAAGGGGAGUGAAUGAGAAGGGUAUACAUAAUCUAAGAUCUUUAAACAUGUACCCCUAAGCUUUUUAAAACGUCUGUUCUGUUCUUUGAAUACUUUACUUCUGGAGUCUCUUCUCUUCCCUUUUUUGUAUUCAUUUGAUUUUUAUCUUCUUCGAACACAAAUACAGAAAUGGAAAGAGGGAGUUUCGUGGUUUUUACUUUCUGAUCGUUCUUUGAUGUGAGAGUGGAUGAUCAGAAUUUUGUGAGGUUUUUCUCUUUUGAUGUCAUAGCCUACCCUAUAUUCCCUCAAAUAGUUGUAUCUCUUACCGAGAAAAAAAAAAUGUGGGAUCUGAAUGACUCACCUGAUGAUCAACUGAGAGAAGAAGAGUCUGAAGGUUGUUCUUCCCAGAAAACCUCCUUAGACGGCGACGACGAGAAAGGCAAACGGGUGGGCUCCAUCUCCAAUUCUAGCUCUUCAGCGGUGCUCAUCGAGGAUGGAUCCGAUGAAGAAGUUUGUGGCGAGAAGGGGUUGGGUUUACAGAGACGCAGCAGUAAGAUAUUUGGGGUUUCGUUGCCUCACGGAGACUCUAUGGAGGUGAUUGACCCGCCUGUGACUCGCCAGUUUUUUCCUGUUGAUCAAGAGCCCGAAAUGGGCACUACAUCGAGCGGGGUUGGACAUGAUUUCCCUCCGGCUCAGUGGGCUGGCGUCAAAUUUCGCCAAUCGGAGCCUCUUGUGGCUGCCAAAACGGGUGAAGUUUCUCAAGUUCCGAUGAAGAAAAGCAGGCGUGGACCCAGGUCAAGGAGUUCACAGUAUAGAGGUGUCACGUUUUACAGAAGAACUGGAAGAUGGGAAUCUCAUAUAUGGGAUUCUGGAAAACAAGUUUAUUUAGGUGGAUUUGACACUGCACAUGCAGCUGCUCGUGCAUAUGAUAGGGCAGCAAUUAAGUUCCGGGGAGUCGAGGCAGACAUAAACUUUAGCAUAGAAGAUUAUGAGGAAGACUUAAAACAGAUGAGCAACUUAACCAAGGAAGAAUUUGUGCAUGUACUUCGCCGACAAAGCACCGGUUUCCCUAGAGGAAGCUCAAAAUAUAGAGGAGUUACCUUGCACAAGUGUGGAAGAUGGGAAGCUCGAAUGGGUCAAUUUUUAGGAAAAAAGUACGUGUAUUUAGGCUUGUUUGAUACGGAGAUUGAAGCUGCAAGGGCUUACGACAGAGCUGCAGUUAAGUGCAAUGGCAAGGACGCUGUUACUAAUUUUGACCCCAGCCUCUAUGAAAAUGAGCUUAACUCACCCAGCCAUAAUCUAGAUUUGAGUUUGGGCGGUUCAACUUCAAAGCAAAGCGGUAUAGAUUUUGGUAAUAGGAAGCAAAAUAGUGGAGCGUUCGAUCCUGAUUGGCAUAGCCGGGGAUAUAGGCUUAAGCAACAGGCUUGUAGAAGAGAAUAUGAUUUGCGAAGAAGAGAUGGGUACUGUGAGAAUGAAACCAUUCAACUUCUGAGCCAAACCCACCUCCAAUCUCCAGCUGCCACAUUCAAGCCCAAUGAAAUGCAAAGAUGUGAGCAGUUUAGAAGAACUGGAGAGACACAAAUACUACAUAUGGUUCCUCCACAUUAUAAUCCAGCUAAUUAUCAGUUUCCAAGCAGCAGUCAAAGAGGUAGAAUUGGGAAUGAUCUCCCACUAUCAACAAAUGAACAACAAUGGCAACCGGGUCCUCCCCAAUUUUUCCCAACUGCUGCAGCAUCAUCAGGAUUCCCACCGCAGAUAAGACCUCAAAAUUGGCUGCAGAAAAAUGGGUUUCCUUCUCUCAUGAGACCCUCCUCCUAAGUUGCCCAUUUGAAGAUCUAAACUCGUUUUCCACUUUCCCAACGAAACCAGAAGAUCAUCAGAAGACAAAGGAUGUAUGGAUCGAUCGGUCAAACUAACAGAGGGAAGCAAUCUUCAGCUAGAUAUUUUCUGAAUUAUUUCUGACUAAAACUGCUGAUGUCUAUGAAAUGAAAGAAAUGUGUGGCCUUGCCGCCCUAUAUCUAUAGCCUAAUGUUUCUAGUAAUGUCUUAGUUAGCUGUGUAGCUAGCAUAUCUCACAUGGCAUAUUUUUUUUUUUUUUUGUAAGUUUUCUUAAAUUACAACCUGGGAAAAGCAUCUGCUAGCUGGACUGAAUUUUUAGUUUCCGUAA